AUGGAAAAUCAGCAACCAUCCGUAUCACAUCAUCAUUCCAGAGAAAACUGCCAGGGAUGUCGUCAAUGCUGGCAGCGCAGCAGCAUUCGUUGGACUCCUCCCGUCAUCAAAUGCUUCAACUGUGAGACUACUACAACGCCAUUAUGGAGAAGAGAUGAGACUGGAAACACAAUUUGCAAUGCCUGUGGACUCUACUAUAAACUGCAUAAUGUGCAAAGACCAAUAACAAUGAAGAGAAAUGUCAUUAAAAGACGCAAGCGAUUCAAUAGUCUUCCUCAGCAGCUUGUCGUGAUAGAGAAUCUGCCUCCAUCAUCGCCUGCUUUAUCCGACACUAGCACAGAAACUACACCAGAACAAAAGCAACAAGAGCAGCAGCAUAGCCAUCUUUCCCACCAUCAGCAUCAACAUCACUCACAUAGUUAUCAUCAACAUCAUCAACAGCAUAGCCCGUACCAGCAAGGAUCAAAGAGAAAGCGCAGUAGUCUCUCACUACCAGAAGAGCACACUACUAUUGACUAUACUGCCAAUAAAAAGACCAGAGAUAUAAACGCAAACAACGAGCAUAUCAUUCUCAACACAAUCCGAUCCUUGAUCAGCCUUGGAACAAGCACAUCAUCCAGGGUGAAUGAUGCAGAAUCCUUAGCUUCUAUACCUUCCGUUGCCUCUAUAUUAUCUAAUUUAAUACUGGAGCCAGCCUCAUUUCAACAAAAUCUGGAAGCUCGUAAAGAAAAGCUCGAGAAGGAGCUUGAGCAUAUCACGCAUUUACUUUUGCAAACAACAGAGAUACUGAAGACUGUGGAAUCGGUGAUGGCUAUCAUGAAUCUUCAGAAACAAAGCACCAGUGAUGCUACCACAAGCAGCAGUAGUAGCAGUAGCAGCAGCAGCAGCAGUAGCAGUAGCAGUAGCAGUAGCUCUGAAAAGAACCUGUUAACAUCUUUAAUGAUGCUUGGAAUUGCUGCAAAUGCUGAUUAUAAAAGCACAUGCAAAGUACCCACAUCCUCAUCCAGCAAAACCAUUCCAUCGUUAUUUGAAGCUAUACCCUCUCUCUAUUCAAAAACAGACACGAACACUACCACAACAGCAAGGUCCACGCCACCAUCUCCAUCAUUAUCCAUGCGUUCCUCGUCUUCUCACCAGGACAGUUCUUCAUUGUCUCCUCCUCCGUCAACUUGUUCAUCCGCUGCUUAUUUAUCAAGAUAUCCUGCUACCACAAGUACACCUGCCACUGCUUCCUCCUCCUCGCAGCUAUAA